ACUCUAAUGCGCGCCACCCGUGCGAAAAAUAGGUUUUAAGUACAUUUGUUCUGACGUCACUUGUAUCGAUCUUUUUAGCGUUUUCCUUCUCGAGUCGUUCCACAUCGUUGUCACCUGCAAAUACUAAAUACUCACAAGGAAUGUAAUGCAAUAUUUGGAACAUGUUUCUGCCCUCUAGAUAUCUAAAUACGCACAAUGUUUUGAAUUGUAUCAUUUGGUUUUGUGGCUGGUUUUGAUACAGUGAUUUUUUUUGCGCGAGUGACUGACUGCAGUGGAGCGAUUCCUUCAACACAAGCGCGACACUUGGCGAUGGAGCAGAAACCACCAGCUACAGAAGCAUAAUUUCUUACAUUGCCAAAAUUACGGGCGGAAUUAAAUACAACUCUCUGUCUCCGGCCUCUCAAAGGAGAGACAGGAGGUUCAUCAUGUCUGCAAAAGAGAGAUUAAAAGGGAAGGUGACCAAAGACAGCGUUACCUUACUGCCAUGUUUCUAUUUCGUUGAGCUUCCCAUCCUGGCCUCCUCUGUGGUCAGUCUGUAUUUUCUGGAGCUGACAGAUGUGUUCAAACCGGUGCGGUCAGGUUACAGCUGCAAUGACCGAAGUCUGAGCAUGCCCUACAUCGAGCCCGCUCAGGAGGCCAUCCCCUUCCUCAUUCUCUUCAGUCUGGCCUUCGCUGGACCUGCAGCCACGAUAAUGAUAGGAGAAGGUAUCCUGUAUUGCUGUCUGUCCAGGAAAAAGAGUGGGGUCAAAACAGAGGCCAAUAUCAACGCAGCCGGCUGCAAUUUCAACUCGUAUAUACGGCGAGCUGUUCGGUUUGUUGGGGUCCAUGUAUUUGGCUUAUGCAUCACGGCUCUCAUCACUGACAUCAUCCAGCUGUCGACGGGUUACCACGCCCCCUACUUCCUGACAGUGUGUAAACCCAACUACACCAUACUCAACAUGACCUGUGACGACAGCUCCUUCAUCAUAGAGGACAUCUGUUCUGAUGGAGCAGACCCAGCCGUCAUCAACUCUGGCAGGAAGUCCUUUCCCUCGCAGCAUGCUACUCUGGCUGCCUUCGCUGCUGUCUAUAUCUCUAUGUACUUCAACGCGACGUUGACAGAAUCCUCCAAGCUGCUGAAGCCCCUGUUGGUCUUCUCCUUCAUCAUGGGUGGCAUCAUCUGUGGGCUGACCCGCAUCAUCCAGUUCAAGAACCACGCCAUCGACGUCUACUGUGGCUUCCUCAUCGGAGGAGGGAUCGCCGUCUACCUGGGUCUGUAUGCAGUGGGUAACUUCCAGCCCAGUGAGGACACAUCCAGACAGCAACCCCAGCCUCCCCCGCUCCGAGAGCCCCCCAGGAGCAACACUGUGCCCAACGUCAGCCAGAAUGCAGGUCGCCACCUGCAGCCCAACAGCCUCAACAGCAUGAACAGCCUAAAUAGCGUGAGCACCGCGGACGGCCUCACCGCGGCCCACCCCGAGACCAUCCUGACCCGGGUGCCCUCCUACCGCGAGUCCAGCUCCCUGAAUAAUCUAAAGAGGGCCAGCGCCGAUUUGGAGUGCAUCACCCCGCCGAGUCCCAUGGGUAAACAGGACUGUCUGGUGACCUUUAACAGUAGCACGUUACCCAGGUCACAUGGUGGCUCACUACCCGAGGAGCACCGCGUCCCUCGCCGCCACGCCAGCAUCCACUCCUCCAUGGACUCCACGCGCUCCAAGCAGCUGCUGUCUCAGUGGAAGAGCAAGAACGAGAACCGGAAGCUCUCUCUUCAGGUGAUGGACAGCGGGGUGGUUGUGGGACGCCACCAUUCAACAUCCUCCUCCUCCUCGCCUCAGAGGACCAUGGAGCUGAGGUGCAGCUCUGAGCCAUCCGCCAUGGGCCUGGAGGCAGAGCUCCGUGCUCAGGGACACAUCCCCGCCCAGUACAUGAAGCUGGCAGCCAGCACCGUGCCACUGUCCAACCACCUCCCCCACAACGGGGGCAGCAGCGGCCUGGCAGGGGGGGCCCGCGUGUCCAUCCAGUCCCGGCCAGGCUCCUCCCAGCUCGUCCACAUCCCAGAGGAGACGCAGGAGCACGUCAACAGCGGCACCUCCAGUAGGGAGGACGAGGAUGAUGACGACAGGGAGGAUAACUAUGGCGGAGGUGGGAUUCCUGGUGGGGGAGGCUCGGUUCGCUCCAAGUGGCUGAAGGAGGGCGCCCCCUGCAGGACUAACAGUCUAACUAACCAGCCACGCAUCAUGCAGGUCAUCACUAUGUCCAAGCAGCAGGGUCUGCUCCAGCACGGCAGCCCCAAGAGCUCCGAGGACGGCAGCGUGGUCAGCUGCACAGGCUCCAUCCAGUACAAGGCCCUGAUGGACCAGGAGGCCGGCCAGGGGAUCGUGAGGGUGGAGGCCCAUCCAGAGAACAAGCCUGUGAUCAAGCCUCCGGACGGCAGUGGCUCCUGGAGGUGGAAGCCCCAGGAGCAGCGUGGCAGCAUCCGCCAGGCCUUCGAGCUCAACGACCUCAACCGCGACACGGAGAGCUGCGACUCGCUCAAGGACGGCUACGGCUCCUUCGAUGGCAGGAGGAGCCAGACAGGCACCGACACCGGCAGCGAGCAUGGCGGUGGCAGUGGGGGAGGCGGUCACCCACACGUGCACCACCCUCACUACCACCACCACCACCACCCCCACCAAGGCAUCACCACCAUCCGUGUGACCCCUGUGGAGGGACUAGGAGGAGGAAGCGAGGCCGCCUCCGAGACCCUCUCCAUCGCCUCCAGCAGGGAGUCCACCCUGCGGAGAAAAGGCAACAUCAUCCUGCUCCCGGAUAGAGGUCAGAGUCCAGACAACUCCAGGAACUAUUUCAAAGGGACCUCCCCCACACCGCCCCCCACCCUGGGACUGGCCUAUAGAGAGUGAACAGCUGCCCCAGUCAUCCCUUACCCUUACCAUUCCCCCUUACCGCCCAUGUGGUGGCCUAUCUGUCCCCCCAUGAGUGGCCUUCUACACUGGGUCUAGUCUGGAACCCACAAUAGGACCAUUGAACACAUUCAGCUACGACUGUAUAUUAUCAAACCCAUCAUGGAUUCAGUGGUGUUAACUGGGCUGGCUUACCUUUUCCAGUGCCAUUCUAAAUGUCAAAAUUCAUUAGCUAGCUCAGUGUGUCUAGUACAGGAAGGCCACUACAGUGUUUUUCCAUUCUGCAAAAAUCUGUUUGUUUUUUUGUUUUCAGCAGUUUAUUGUUAGACUUGGUUUGAUAGGACCGGAUUAAAUGUAUUGGUGUGUGUUCUUUGAGAAAUGCAGUAAAAAUAUAUAUAUUUUAAACAUUAAAUAAUGAAGUAAGA